AACUUAGUGAAAUAAUUACGAUAAUUACAAAAUGUACCUGGAACGCAACUCCGUCUCAAUACUCUCAAUGUCAAAUUGCUGUCAAUUCUAAUAAGAUCGAGACCAUCACAAAAUCAUAGAUGUUUAAUUAAAAAUACAAUGAGAAACGAAAUAAUUUAUACGUAAAAGCAAACUAAAAUCAUCAAAGAUGGAUACAGAAAUAAUGGUGGAGACGUUGCCUCUGCUGGGAAUGUGCAAUUUGUGUUUAAACGAAGGUGCUGUUAAGAGUAUGCUGAUCGGUCAUAAGCACAAUGGAAAAUCUGAAGUCUACUCCGAAAUGCUGAUCAAAUGCUUCUCCAUAGACGUAUCGAUCCUGCAACUGGGCGAUACGAAGCGUCUAAUCUGUGAGUUCUGCAUCACGAGACUGCGGGACUGCCUGCUGUUCAGAGACCUCGUGGAAGUCUCACUCAGUACAUUGGAAAAUACGUACAAAUUACAAAAAGAAGAGAACCAUUCGACUGACGAUGGAGUCAAAACGGAGCUGAGUAUAAACGCGAACUUUGAUGAUGACUUCCACAAUGUUGAUGAUGAUGAUGAAGAGGAUCCAGAAAUAAAAUCGGAAAUAAAAAGCGAGCCCGAAGAAUGCACAAGGAAAACCCGCAGCAGAUCUGUAAAGAAAAUAACAAAAUGCACCGGCAAGAAACACCACGAUUUUACAGAAACCGAGUCUAUGCUAAAAACCGGUCUCUUUCCAUUCAAAAUACGGAAAAACCGCACCUUUUCCUGUUCUAUAUGUCCGGAGAAAUCGACCAAUUUAGAUGAUAUAAAAGUCCAUGUUACUGAUCAUAAUAAAACGAAUCUACAUAUGGCAUUUAAAAAGAUGAUUUUUUCAAGUUCACAGCGAUUUUACAAAAGCGGUACGAAGUUGAGAUGUAAAAUAUGCACUACAGAUGUCGCCACGUAUGAAGAAUUGCGGCAACAUGUUGACAACUGUACGAGAUUAAAAUUCUCAAAUCGACGAUGGAAUAACCUGCCGUUUAAGUUAGAAAAAGACCAAUUGGACUGUCCGGUUUGCAAGAAAACGUUUCUGAAUUACGUGAGUUUGAACACACAUAUGAAUGUGCACUAUCCUAAUUAUAUUUGUGAGAAUUGUGGCAAAGCGUUCGCUUCCAAAGCGAGAUUACGUGGGCAUAUGAGGACUCACGAAGUAGGCAACUUUCCCUGUAAGUAUUGCAACGCUACCUUUGAUAGAGUUACUAAAAGAGAGAAUCAUGUAUCAAAAGAACACAAGUCCGGUAUCAGGUACGCUUGCAAACGGUGUAAUAUAUCUCUAACUUCAUUCUACGCUAGGCAGAAACAUUUGGCUGAAGUUCAUAAUGAGGAACUGAAAAGGUAUAAGUGUAAAGCUUGUCCUCAGAGCUAUAUAACCCCAGGACAUUUAUCCAGUCAUGUCCGAAGAGACCAUUUGAAUGAACGGAAUCAUAAGUGUGAUAAAUGUGAUUUAGCCUUUUAUACGAAGAAUGCUUUAAAAAUGCAUAUGAUUAAACAUGAUGGUGAACGGAUUCACACUUGUCCUGUGUGUCAGAAGUCUUAUCAAAGGAAAAAGACACUUAGGGAACAUCUACGGAUUCAUAAUAAUGAUAAAAGGUUUGUUUGUCCAGUCUGCGGUAGGGCUUUCACUCAAAAAUGUACUCUAAAAGGUCAUCUUAAGGUCCAUGAGAGAAAACCAGACCUGGAUGACCGUGUUCUUCCACCCUUGCAUUCUAUUUAAAUGAAUUUAGUUAUUAUUUGUGAUUUUCGUUGAAAUUUCUACUUUGUUUCUACGUAGUUAGAGUAUAUUUUGCAGUGUAGAUAUGUUGUUUGUUUAGAUUUGGACUUUAAAUGUCAUGUGAUAAAGGUUAUAUUAGGUUAAGGGAUUAUCGAGAGUUUUAUGUGUUAAAGUCUUCCGUUAAUGGUUUAUGUUAGUUAAAACCAUCCAUUACGCGACGUCCUGUGUGAGCGAUCUAGAUGCGAAGGCGGUGUGGUGCAGUGCGAAAACAACGAAAUGUCAAAAUCGUUUGCGUUGUGUGAGUGAGGUUACUGCAGGCUCAAAAUUACCCCCAUUCCCAAUCUUCUCAAUCCCCAACAACCCUUAAAUUCCGAACUCCCAAAAGGCCGGCAACGCACUUGUAACGCCUCUGGUGUUUCAAGUGUCCAUGGGCGGCGGCGAUUGCUUACCAUCAGGUGAUACGUCUGCUCGUUUACCGGAUUAUUCCAUUGACGUGGCCUACGCGGUGCCGUCACGUUUUUGUUUAUUUAUAAUGUCGGAAACAGAAACAAAACGAAACGAUUCACAUGUACGUAGGACAUAGCCGCCGUCACACCGCAUCGCGUUGAAUUCGCGUGUCACCGCACCGUGUCGCGUUCGCUUCUAGGUGGCUUACGCAGGACAUCGCGUUAGUCUAUUCUUCCGACCAAAGGGGGAUUUAAACCUAUAGAGCGCCCUAGGCAAGUACCUCAUAGGCGCUCCUAAGUUAUUUUGUCCCCGCCGUCACUCUAUGGCAUAGGCGUAGCCAGGUUUUAGUUUCGGGAGGGGUUCAAGAAAGUCGACCCAUUAAAUGUGAGACUGGGUUUGAACCCCCAAAACCCCCCUGGCUACGCCUAUGCUCUAUGGACAGUGACGCGGAGCGGGGCGGAGAGGGCUUAGCGGUGCACGAAUAAACCAAUCACUAUGCUCCAAAUCUCCACUCCCCUUCAAUGGAAAAGAUUUCGAGCAUAGUGAUAUUUUUUUUUUUAAAUGUUGCCCCACAUUAGGAUUUUCUCCUGUGUCGUGGGUGCGUUUACAAACAUACAAGUUCACAUACACAAGACACCCAGACCCGAAACAACCAUUUGUGGAUCACACAAAGAGUUGCUUCGUGCAGGAAUCGAACCCGCUACCCGUUGCGCGGCAGCCAGUUGCCCAGCCACCGCACUAACCGUGCAGUCAGAUUGGUCAAUUCGUGCACCGCUAAGCUAAGUCAGUGAAACCGCAACCUAACCGGGCGUCCUAGGCACUUGCUAAGUUUACCCCUGUUUACAAUACCCGCAGGAAGAGUUAGGUUAAACACUAAUAUAUUCCACUUCCACAAAUAAAAAGCAAUAUUUUUUCAUGUUCGUUGUUAUACAAAAGAAUAAAAUAAUUCAUGAAUUAGUUUUCCGAAAUAUUGCACGUAUGACGUGCUGUGAUUUUUUUAUUAGUAAAAUAGAAUAUUUGUAGUUAAAUAUAUAGUUAUUAUUAUUUAAUAUAAGAUACCUAUAAAUAUUUAGGUAAAUUUUAGUUAAUUUAUAAGUAAGUUAUUCAUUAUAUAGGGUGACUGGUAAUUAGUGAACGAUAUUUAAACACGUGAUUGUACUCAUUAUUACAAACAACUUUUCCAAAGAAACCUUUUUUGUAUACUCAUUAGUUUUAUUUUUAUCACAAUAACAAAACAAUAAAAAUUCGCGCGCGCGUGGUUUCGCAUGAUCAGCUGUUAGCAGCGAGGCGCCCGCGUCCGCGUUAUAGGAAGACUAGUAUUUUGAAAAAAUUGUUUGUAAUCAUGAGUACAAUCGCGUGUUUAAAUAUCGUUUACUAAUUACCAGUCACCACAUAUACAUAAUUUUAUUAUACAUAUAAUUAAAUAUGUAUUUAAUGGCCUCUAGGUACAUAAGAGGGUUUGCCAUAAGGUAAGCGUCCACAGGCCCGCAUCGUACGCAUUCCGUAUGACGUCAUCAGUACGCAUCGCAUGUAGGCAUUGCCGAUGAUGCGGUCCGUACGAUGCGGAUCAGUGGACGCAGUUGUAUGAGUUUCUAUACAAGACAAACUAGAAUCCGUUGCGUGCGAUGCGGGCCUGUGGACGCGUACCUUAAAUCUCAGCUGUCAGUUUACGACAGAAAUCUUUAUAUUCCUAUAUUCCAUGUUUUAUAUUUUAGUUAAUUGUUUAAAAAAUUGUUAAGGUUGUAAAAUAUUGUGCAAUAUAUAAAAUCGUCCUACAGUUGUAGUCUAGUAUGUAAUAAGAUAUUUUAAAUAGUAAAUAAAUUAUAUGUUACGAGUGAUUUGUGUAAUCGAAAAAAAUUGAAGUUAUAUUUUGUAGCUAACUUUCGAAAGUGUUUCGAAUACAUGUGUUCGUAAUUAGUUUUUUUUAAGUCUUUGACUGCAAUAGAAAACUGUUGAAGGCAAAUCCUCCGCUAACGUCGGUCACCGGUGACCGCCGCGGCGUUCAAUGGAUGACCGAGUGGUCGCAAGUGCGACUGCCAAACAAUGGGUCUCUGGUUCCCGGGUCGGGCAAAGUAUUACUGGGCUUUAUUCGGUUUUUCGAAAAUUUCUCAGUAGUAGCACAGAGUCUGGAAUUGUGCCCAGUAUAUUAUGGCAAUAGGCUCACCCCCUAUUACAUGGGACUUAUAACACAAAUGGUGAAAAGUGGGUGUACAUUGUAUAGUGGCAUUACGUGUCGUAAUGUGCAUCUCUGCCUACCCCUUUGGGGAUAAAAGGCGUGACGUUGCGUAUUGGAAUGGACAUGGAAGUUGGUUGUUUGUUUAGUAUAGAUGGAAUUUACAUAUAUUUAAUUACUAGCUACUUCCGCGCGGUUUCACCCGCUCUGCUUGGCUCCUAUUGGUCAUAGCGUGAUGUUUUAUAGCCUAUAGCCUUCCUCGAUAAAUGCACUAUUCAACACAAAGAGAAUUAUUCAAAUCGGACCAGUAGUUCUGGAGAUUAGCGCUCUCAAACAAACUAACUCUUCAGCUUUAUAAUAUUAGUAUCAAAUAUUUCGUUAAAAGGAAACAAUUUGUUUUUGAUUACAUAAUCACUCUGUUAUAAGUUGAAUCUUAUAUUAAUGUUUUAAGUUAAGUUAUAUACUGAUAUUAUUAUAUUAUAAUAGAAUAAAAUAACAGUUUUAUUUAA